AUGUACCGCCAGAAUUUUGCUCCUCCACCCGCGCAGUCGCCUCCGCUUCACCAUCCUGUACCGCAACAUGUGUCCACCGUCCCUAUGAUGCGUUCACCACCUCCCCCGGCGUCCCAGCAGUCUCAAACGGCCGGCUAUGGCAACCCAUACCAGCCCGCCCCUACGCAAGGUGGCAGCGGUACCUACGCCCCCGGAUUCGGGGGGUUCAUCAAUGAUCCCACGGCACAGAUGGGAUUCCAGGUCGGGAAGACCGCGAUGGCUGCUGGACAGGAAUACAUGGAGCAGAACUUCAACCGCUACGUCUCGAUACCCGCGCUCAAACACUACUUCAACGUCUCCAACUCCUACGUUCUGAAUAAGCUGGUCCUGGUGCUUUUCCCAUGGCGACACAAGCCUUGGUCUCGCCAACAAGCACGCAUGACGACGGCCGCGACGGGGCCGAACGGCCAGAUCUCCCAACAGCAGUACUCGUCCAUGUUCCUGCCCCCUCGCGAUGACCUGAACUCGCCCGACAUGUACAUCCCGGUCAUGGCCCUGGUCACCUACAUCCUGCUCUCGUCUAUGCUCGCUGGAUUUCGAGGCAACUUCCACCCGGAGCUGUUGGGAUCGACGACCACGACCGCGAUUGCGGUUAUUCUGUUCGAAAUCCUGUGCCUGAAAAUGGCCAUGUACAUCCUCAGCAUCAACAACGAGUCGCAACUUCUGGAUCUGGUCGCUUACUCGGGCUACAAGUUUGUGGGAAUCAUUCUGACCCUGGUCUUCUCGGAGGUCCUGACCCCGGGGAGGGGCACCGGCGGCUGGAUUGGCUGGGUCGUAUUCAUCUACACAUUCCUGGCCAAUGCGUUCUUCCUGCUCCGCUCCUUGAAAUACGUCUUGCUUCCGGACUCGACUAGUGAUGCGUCCAUGCGCACGGGAUCAAUGCACACCGUCGCCCGUUCGCAGCGCAACCGUCGCACCCAGUUCCUGUUCAUCUACUCCUACGUCGUCCAGUUCAUCUUGAUGUGGGUGCUGAGUCGGGAGGGUCCCAUCGCUAUGGUUUCUGCCAAGGCCUCUGGCUCCGGGGCGUCUUCAUAG